ACCGAGGCAGAUUAAGAGAAGGCUAGUUAAUUUCCUACAUGGAGCAGAAUGAGCAAAAGCUUCGAAAGGCUGUGUCGGACGUGUCGAGUGAAAUUGAGAAAUACUAUAGCGAGUUGAAGUUGGAGAGGCAGCAACUUGGUGCGAUCGAAGAGGUGGAACAAGCUGAAUGUCAGUGUUGUGGGUUGAAAGAGGAUUGCACUUCGGUUUAUAUCACAGAGGUUGAAGAGUGUUACUGUGGAAAGUGGGUUUGUGGGCUUUGUUCUGAAGCUGUUAAAGAAAGAGUAGGGCCAUGUCCCACUACAGUAGCCAUGCAAGAUGCUUUGAACUCGCACAGGGAUUUCUGUCAGGAAUAUAACGCUACCAGACUUAACCCUCAACUCUCGUUAACUCAUUCUAUGAGGGAAAUAGCCAAAAGAAGUUUUCAGAAUAGGAAAUCCAAGCUUACUCGCACCACUAGUUAUCCCUGAAAUCAUACAGUUUCUUCGAUCAUGCUUCUGCUAAUUUUUACAUCACACCUACACACUUAAUAAUUCUUUUUCUAAUCAAUUUUAACACUUUAAUAUGUCUCAU